CGCCAUUCCCGCUGUCAAUGAGUCCAUCUGAGCUCAGAAAUAAGAAGAUCCAAACACUCCAUCCCCUCUCUCAAUUAACCAAAACCACAAUUCUAAAAUGGCGAAAGACAACCUCCUCAUAAUCGGGUCAACAGGGUGGAUCGGGACCUAUAUCACGGACCAGAUCCUCAAAUCCAAAGACCUGUUUGGCCGAAUCGCGAUCUUCACUUCUCUCGGUACUGCGGAGACGAAGGCGCAGCUUUUUGAGGGGUUCAAAGAGCAGGGUGUGGAGGUUAUUGUUGGGGAUAUAUUGAAGCUUGGGGAUUUGGAGAGGGCUUUUGAAGGGAUUGAUGUUGUGAUUAGUGCUGUGGGGAGGAAUAUCAUCGCAGAACAAAUCUCCUGGAUCCCCCUCCUCACGCGCUCCCCGAACAUCAAACGCUUCUUCCCAUCCGAAUACGGCACGGACAUCGAAUACGGGCCCUCAUCCGUGCACGAGAAGCCGCACCAGCAGAAAUUGAAAGUUAGAGCUGCUUUGGCAAAGAGUGAAGGGUUUGAAUAUACCUAUGUGGUGACGGGACCAUUUGCGUAUGGCUUUCUGGCUCGGAUGGAGAAAUUGCCGGAGAUUGGCAGUUUUGAUGUGGCGAAGAAGAAAGCGACAGUUUUGGGAGAUGGGAGGGGGCAGGUUAGUUUGACGACUGAGCCUGAUGUUGGUAAACUCGUAGUAAAAGCACUACAGCACCCAGAAGCAACUAAGAAUCGAGCAUUGAAAGUAAAUUCAUUCACAACGACGCCAUUGGAGAUAGUAGCCGAGUUCGAGAAGCAGACUGGGGGAGAGAAGUGGAGCGUUGACUAUGUGCCGCUUGAGAAGCUGAGAGAGUUGGAGGAGAAGGCUUGGGAGACGGGUAAUGGGACGGGGUUUACGUUGAGGAGGAUUUGGGCCGAGGGUGGGACUUUGUAUGAGAAGAGGGAUAAUGGGCUAAUUGACGGGGAGGAGACGGAUAGCUUGGAGGAUGCUGUGAGGGUUGCUAUUGCGAAGCAGACUGGACAUGAAAAGCUUUGAAUGUAUACUGUUGAUGUGUGGGCUGUUGAAUUUGGUUUUCUCUCGCUGAGGAGCAUGUUUCUUGCAUGAGGCUGUAACAACUACUUAUCAAGAGCUUUGCAGCAGCGCUCCCAAUGGCUGGUUUGGUUCGGUUUUGACCCUAAACCGUAACCAAUUGUACUAGUACGGUUUAGGAAAGACAGAGAACCGUCACCAUAAGGAUUCUAGACGGUUCUAGACGGUUUGAAUUGCCAAGACAUAU